AUGCAAGUUGAGCAACUGACCAAAGAUGGAGCAGUAACAAAGAGAAUCAUCAAGGAAGGCUUGGGUAAAACGCCAGAACCUAAGAAUAUAGUGAGUGUUCAUUACGAUGCAUAUCUAGUGGAUACUAAUACCAAGUUUGAUUCCUCGCGUGAUAGAAAAACAGAGUUCACUUUUCAGUUACGAGAUUCCAAAGUCAUUGAAGCUUGGGAACUUGCUAUUCCGACAAUGAAAGUAGGCGAGAUUGCAGAAGUGAUAUGUACUAGUGAUUAUGGUUAUGGUGACAAAGGACGAAAAUAUCUUGUUCCUUCCAAAGCAAAACUACGUUUCGAAGUAGAGCUGUUAGGAUUUUGGGAAAAGUCGGGUACAGCUCCUGAAAGAAUAGCAGCUGCUCAUAAAAAGAAGAACGAAGGAAACGAGUUGUUUCAACAAGGAGCUAUAGAAACUGCAUUGUUUACUUAUAGAAAGGCAAGAGAGUACGUUAAGGAUUUGUGGGACUGUGAACCAGAGGAACUAGAUGAGGCGCGUCAAUUGACCGUGGCCCUUCAUCUGAACAUUGGUGCCUGUCAUCUGAAGCUUAAACAGUAUGAUAAUGCAAUAGACACCUGCAAGGAAGCCUUGAGUAGAGAUCACACGAACAUAAAGGCGUAUUAUCGUUUGAGUCAAGCCUAUAUGGAAAAGGGCGAGUAUGAUGCGAGCUUGACCUUUAUAAAUCUUGGCCUAGAGCUUAAACCCAAUGAUAAAAGCCUUCAAGCUUUAAAAAAGUCAGUAGAACAAGCACAGCAAAAGUAUUUGAAAAGCAGCACUUCCUUGUACAGAAAAAUGUUCAGUACCCCACAACCAGAAGAAUAG